CGCGGGCUUUCCCCGGAGGAGCAUGCGUCAGGGGCGGGACUUCCGGCAUCCUCUCCAGCCGUCAUUUUAUUUGGCUGCCACGGAGUAGGGUUCGCUGUUGUGGUAACGUUGACCUCAGUUCUGGAUCGAUGUCCUGAUGAAAGAGUGAGAGAGGAGGAAGAUACUCACAUCUGUCGCCCUCAUUUUAGCGUCACUCCUGUUGUCUCCUGGGGUCGGUAACGGGAAGGUCCGAGAGGAGGCUCUCCCCGCUGCACCCAGGCGUGUCAGCGGUUCUGAGACGCAGCCUGGCAAGAGGACCGCUGCUCCUGGCCCUCUCAGACCACAGACUCCAAUGGCGGUGGUCGCGCUGAGGGACCCGCCUCAGGGUGGUGUGACCUUCGCAGACGUUGCCGUGCGCUUCUCCUGUGGGGAAUGGAGGCUCCUUGAUGAGGCUCAAAGACGCCUGUACCUCGAUGUGAUGCUGGACAACUAUACACUUAUAUCCUCCCUGGGUUGUUGCUGUGGAGCAGGGGCUGUGGAGUCACGCUUAGAAAAAACAGUUCCUGCAGGAGUCUCACAGGCUUGGUCUCCUAAGACAGCUCCAUUUUCCCAGAAGAUCCACCCCUGCGAGAUGUGUGGUCCAGUCUUGAGAGACAUUUUCCACUUGGCUGAGCCACAGGAAACACAACCCAGCCAGAAACUGUUGAGGUGUGGGGCAUGUGAGACACAGUUUUAUAUACUUUUGGAAAGCCGUGUGUACAGGACAUCGUUUUUUAAGAGCUACACAUUCCAUUUAUCACAGAAGCCUCUUUCUUCUGGGAAAUUUCUGGCCCCCAUGGGAUGUCUGCAGCAACAGGCUACUCAUACUGUGGAGACACGAAAUAAAGACACCCAGUGGGGGUCAGCUUUACAAAGCAGAAGUCAUCACUGGGGAGAGUGCAAAAAAGCCCUCAGCCCUGGACAGACACUUGUUCAAGACCAGGGUGUCCACAGUGGAAGACAGUGUUUUGUUUGCAGUGAAUGUGGGAAAACAUUCAGGUUCAAAUCUACAUUCAUUAUACACCAGAGAGUCCACCCUGGAGAAAGGCUUCAUGUAUUUAGCAAAUGUGAAAAAUCUUUUAGACAAAGCUCAGCCCUCAGUCAACAUGGAAAAAUUUAUACUGGUUCAGUACAGGACAAGUGCAGCAAAUGUGGAAAAUCUUUAACCCACAAAUCUGUUCUAAUUUAUCGCCAGAGAUUGCCCAGUGGAGAAAAUAGUUCUGUGUGCAGUGACUGUGCAAAAUCUUUUCAUCAUAGCUCUGUGUUCAUGCGACAAAAUGGAGUGUUUUCUGGAGAAAAAUUUUAUAAGUGUAGUGACUGCGUGAAAUCUUUUACCUGUAGGUCUGCCCUCAUUUAUCAUCAGAGAACUCACACGGGAGAAAGACCUUAUGAGUGCAGUGAAUGCGGGAAAUGCUUUACCACUAACAACAUCCUCCGUAAUCAUCAGAGAACUCACACAGGACAAAGACCUUAUGGGUGCAGUGAGUGUGGGAAAUCUUUUACCUCUAAUAGUGCUCUCUGUUAUCAUCAGAGAGUUCAUUCUGGAGAACAGCCUUAUGAGUGCAGUGAAUGUGGGAAGUCUUUGAACUCUCUGUCUGCCCUCAAAUAUCAUCAGAGAUCUCACACAGGAGAAAGGCCUUAUAAGUGCAGUGAAUGUGGGAAAUCUUUUACCUGUAGAUCUUCCCUCAAUUAUCAUCAGAGAUCUCACACAGGAGAAAGACCUUAUGAGUGUGGUGAAUGUGGGAAAUCCUUUACCAGUAACCGAGUCCUCCGUUAUCAUCAGAGAACUCAUACAGGAGAAAGGCCUUAUGAGUGCAGUGAAUGUGGAAAGUCUUUUACCUCUAAAAAUGCUAUCCAUUAUCAUCAGAGAGUUCACUCUGGAGAAAAGCCUUAUGAGUGCAGUGAAUGUGGAAAAUCUUUCAAAUCUCAGUCUGCCUUGAGAUAUCAUCAGAAAUCUCACACAGGAGAAAGGCCUUAUAAGUGCAGUGAAUGUGGAAAGUCUUUUAUUACUGCUGCUUUUCUUCGUUAUCAUCAGAGAGUUCAUUCUAGUGAUUGGCCUUAUAAGUGCACUGAAUGUGGGAAAUCUUUUACUUCUAAAUCCAGCUUUGAUUAUCAUAAAGGAGUUCAUUCUAGAGAAAGGCCUCGUAUAGGGUGCAGUGAAUGUGGGAAAUCCUUUACCAGUAGCAACGCCCUCCGUUAUCAUCAGAGAGUUCAUUCUGGAGAAAGGCCUUAUGAGUGUAGUGACUGUAGGAAAUCUUUUACCUAUAGGUCUUCCCUCACUUAUCAUCAGAGAGUUCACACUGGAGAAAAGCCUUUUGAGUGCAGUGAAUGUGGGAAAUCUUUUACCACUAACUCCAGACUUCGUAAGCAUCAGAAAGUUCACAGUGGAGAAAGGCCUUAUAAAUGCAUUGAAUGUGGGAAAUCUUUUGCUAAUAAGUCCAACUUUCAGUAUCAUCAAAAAGUUCACUCUGGAGAAAGGCCUUAUGAGUGUAGUGAAUGUGGGAAAUCCUUUAUCCAAAGAUAUAGCCUUAAUCUACACCAGAGAGUUCACACGGGAAAAAGUCCUCAUAGUUGUAGUGAGUGUGGGAAAUUUUUUAUUACUAAGAGUAAUCUUACUGAACACCAGAGUGUUCACACAGGAGAAAGGCCUUAUAAAUGUGGUGAAUGUGGAAAAUCUUUCAUCUCUCGGCCUGCCCUCAGAUACCAUCAGAGAUCUCACACAGGACAAAGACCUUAUGAGUGCAGUGAAUGUGGGAAAUCAUUUACCACUAAUUUUAACCUCCAUUAUCAUCAGAGAGUUCAUUCUGGGGAAAGGCCUUAUGAGUGCAGUGAAUGUGGGAAAUCUUAUUUUUCUAAGUCUGCAUUCAUUUCUCAUCAGAGAUCUCACAGAGGAGAAAGGCCUUAUGAAUGCAGUGACUGUGGGAAAUCUUUCUACUCUCAGUCUGCCUUCAGAUAUCAUCAGAAAUCUCACAUGGGAGAAAGGCCUUAUAAAUGCAGUGAAUGUGGGAAAUCUUUUAUUUGUAGGUCUUCCCUCAGAUAUCAUCAGAGAUCUCACACAGGCGAAAGGCCUUAUAAGUGCAGUGAAUGUGGAAAAUCUUUUACCUCUAGCUUUAACCUCCAUUACCAUCAAAGCAUUCACACUGGAGAAAGGCCUUAUGAGUGCAGUGAAUGUGGGAAAUCUUUUAUUACUGCUGCUGUUCUUCGUUAUCAUCAGAGAGUUCAUUCUAGUGAUUGGCCUUAUAAGUGCACUGAAUGUGGGAAAUCUUUUACUUCUAAAUCCAGCUUUGAUUAUCAUAAAGGAGUUCAUUCUAGAGAAAGGCCUCGUAUAGGGUGCAGUGAAUGUGGGAAAUCCUUUACCAGUAGCAACGCCCUCCGUUAUCAUCAGAGAGUUCAUUCUGGAGAAAGGCCUUAUGAGUGUAGUGACUGUAGGAAAUCUUUUACC